AUGCUCGAUGCUAUCGCAAGAGAUACGCCUCAACCUGCUAGUGAACUCAUGAUGGUGGCUCGAGGUUUGUACAAAACAAAUCUCGAAAACAUGUGGGCAAGUAAUAAAAUAUUUAACAAAUCACUGAACAAGCUACUGGAGAUUCUUCUUCGCGCGCAUCUCGCCCCAAAACGAGAGUCGCAUUACUGGGAACUUCAACAAACCAAAGCAAAGAAGCAACCCAAGCAAGUUGUCAAGUCUGACAUUUGCUCACAACCUUACCAUUCUGCCUGGUCUUACCUCUAUAUUGAUUGGGAUACCAUGAGAGAGCUUCAAACCAGAACUAAUCAAGCAUUGAGGAAGGACAUUGACCAACUGGAAACCGAUACCAAGGCUGUGUCUGAUGAGCUGAAGGCUGCAAACAAGGACCACAAGAAGGAGCAGUAUUCUACAAGGAUCAAGGACUUGAAGAAUCAACGGCACACUGAUCGUAGCAAACGCCAAGGAAUCAAAGAGCUGAAGGCUCAAAGACAUCCCUCUUGUAUCAAAUUACGAGCCUCCUCCUUCUGA